GCUGCACAGCAGGCUGCUCCUCUCUGAAGAGAAUAAGGCCACAGAGAUGAACAGAGCCCCCCGCCUGACUUCCCCUUGUGCCAUCCGGGACUGGGAGAAGGCCUACUGGGACCACCGGGCAAAGGUUCAGAAUGCCCAGCCUCUGGUGGACAACUGCAUGCCACCCACUUUCUACCACCUCCAUCUGAAGCUGAAGAAGCUUAAGAUGGAGGAGGAGCGGAUUUCUACCAUUGACAGGGACAACCGCCUGCUCCUGGAGAAGGUGGCUGCCAUCAUGAGGACCAGGGGACAGACUGACUGUCAAAAUGAUGCCAUCUAUGGGAGAUGGGGAAACUGAGACACACUGAAGAGGCAGAAGAUGGCCAGUAUUGCAACUAGACCAUGGUAGUGCAAGGUGUGCAUAAGCCACAAGCUCAGUGCAGUCCCCAAAGGUGUCAGUUUACCCAACAACACUGGCAAGUCCCUGCCAGGCACCUGGAGCUCUGCUCUUGGAAGAGCUGGCGAGGCAAAGCCUGUGGGCCUCUUCAGUCCACCCUGCAAACACCCAGCCCUGAGCCCUAUCCCAGGCUCCUGGGGAUUCACCAUGUCUCUCUUUGUGCAGAAGCUUGUGGGGAUGGCAGCCAUUGCCCUGAAGGUCUGGUUCACGGAUGUACUUGAGCCUUUUAAAGCCUUUAGUCUGUUCCUGUCUUAGAGUUGACG